AUGGGGGCGUCCGAGCCCCCCAACUUCUCGUGGGUGGUGGAGGGGCGGCUGGCGGGCCUGGCCAUGCCGCGGCAGCCGGGACACUACCGGUUCCUGCUGGCCCAGGGCGUGCGACACCUGGUGUCGCUGUCGGAGUGGGCGCCCCCGCACCACGGCUGCUGCCCCACCAUCCGGCUCCACCGGCUCCGCGUGCCUGACUUCAGCCCCCCGACACCCGAGCAGAUCCAGAGUUUCCUGCAGCUGGUGGAGGAGUCCAACGCCCGCGGGGAGGCUGUGGCAGUGCACUGCAUGCUGGGACACGGCCGGACGGGCACCAUGCUGGCCUGCUACCUGGCAAAGGCACGGAAGAUGAGUGGCAGCGACGCCAUCCAGGAGAUCCGGCGGCUGCGGCCCGGCUCCAUCGAGACGUGGGAGCAGGAGCAAGCCGUGAUCCAGUUCUGCCAGCGCGUUCGGUAG